CCGCCUCUGACGUCAUCGCCGCCCAGACAACAUGGCGGCGUCCAGCGUUAGAACCGUGGGAUCGAUCUUGGGGAGAUGUGGACGCCACAGCUCGAGUUUGAACACAGUGUCUUCGCAGUUUGGUCGAAAGGUCCUGAGCAGGCAGAUAUGCGUGAGCUCGGCCCUCCAGAGAAAGAACCUGGCGGCUGCAGGGCCGGAGAAGUUCACGAUGGAGUUCAUCCAGAAGCAGGUGGAGGAGUUUAACAUUGGGAAACGCCACCUGGCUAACAUGAUGGGGGAGGACCCGGAGAACUUCACCCAGGAGGACAUAGAUAGGAGUAUCGCGUACCUCUUCCCCUCCGGCCUGUUUGACAAGAAAGCCCGGCCCCUCAUGAAGCAUCCAGAGGAAAUAUUUCCACGACAGAGAGCUGUCCAGUGGGGUGCAGACGGCCGGCCGUUCCACUUCCUGUUCUACACCGGCAAACAGUCCUACUUCUCCCUGAUGCAUGAAUUGUACGGCAAAACCCUGAAGAUAGAGAAGCACCAAGAUCGUCUCAGAGCCAAGGGACUCUUCUCCAAGGACCACAAGCAGAUGUCUCUUGGCACAAGCAGGUGGCUCACAAAGGACGAACUGGAAACGCUGCUGGUUGAGUCCAUCACAACCCAUGAUUACAAUCGCUUCAUCCAGUUGAUGGAGCGCCUGCUGUCCAUGCCCUACUGCGCCACAGAGGAGGGGUUUGUCGAGCGUUACCGCCGGCAACUGGAGGCCCUGUCCAGUAAGCAAAUGGUGCCGACACUGGAGCGAGAUGAAAGGGGCGUGGCCUUCAGCACCGCAGACGGUCGUAGGAAGACGUCUACCUCCUCUGUGGUUCUUCGAGACAGCGGCUCCGGACGCAUCACCAUCAACAACCAAGACUACCUGCACUACCUCCCCGUACUACAGGACAGAGAGCAGCUGAUGUUCCCGCUUCAGUUCGUGGGCAUGCUGGGACGCUUCGACCUGGAGUGCACCGUGAGCGGCGGCGGGCGGUCCAGCCAGGCGGGGGCGCUGCGGCUCGCCGUGUCUCGGGCCCUCCUCAGCUUCCUGUCUGAGGGGGAGGUGGAGACCAUGAGACAAGCUGGUCUGCUGACCCCCGACCCCAGAGUGAGGGAGAGGAAGAAGCCGGGCCAGGAGGGAGCAAGAAAGAAAUUCACCUGGAAUAAACGCUGAGGAAGAAAAUCAACUCCCCUGAACUCUGAUAUGAAACAUUCAGUCUGACUUCUGGUGUUAAUGUUUCCCCAGUUUAACUUAUCUGUUCCCCAGAAGCCCUGUCACUUCAGUUUAUUUAAGCUCUUGGAUGAACACAAUCAAAGAGAGAACAGGCCGCCAUUUUUCAAUAUGGAACCCCGACUCAUCAAGCUGCAGUGAGGCCCUUCAGCCACCAGAGGGAAGUGUGUGUCAAGGAACAAAUGAACAAGAUGGAUAUCAAUAUAUUAAAGUUUU